AAAAAAUCAGCACUCACACAAUCGCAAGCGUCUGUGAUUAGUGUGUCUUCAUCAGCGCUGAGGAAAGUCUCAGUGGUCACGUGACCAGCGCAGUUUCAGCCGCCGGCUGCACGGCAGGCUACUUUACAAAUCAAUAAUGACGCCGCUGACACACAGUUUUCCGUUUGAACUGAAAACACUGUGAAAAGCUCCGAUAAGAGAAUUAUUCUCUCUGAUCCUGUAAUAUAUUCGGUUUCCAUGGCAGCCGCGGGAGGAGGAGGCUGCGGGGUCAGGUGCGCGUCACAGAUGCAGAUGCGGUCAGUCCGGAGUCGCUCCGGCGUCAGAUAUCAGUAAACAUGUCCGUGUCCACCUUUCAGAAGCUCACGAUCGUGUCGUGCGUGCUGCUGUGCGUCGCGCUCCUGCUGCCGAAGAUGCUGCUGUCGCGAGGAAAGAGAGACGCGGCGCACGCAGAAGGGCCCGCGGGUCAUUUUCCUCCCACUGCGCACAGACCCCCUGCAUCUGUAUCUGAGGAGCAGCAGCGGUCCUCCAGAGCUCACAACCCUGAGGCCAUCGCCCGGGCCAAAGGAGCCGGAGCCGGCCCCGGAGGAAAGUCCAACCUCGCCGGCCAGAUCAUCCCCAUCUACGGCUUCGCCAUCUUACUGUACAUCCUCUACAUUCUGUUCAAGAUCACGUCCAAAGGCAAAACGACCAAACCUCCAGAGAGCCGAUUCACUGCAGUCAGAUCCGAAAACAUGAAGAGGAAAAUAACUGAUUUUGAGCUGGCUCAGCUGCAGGACAGACUGAACGAGACGAAGGACGUGAUCGAGAGGAUCAUUUCUGCAGCCAGCGCCGGCUCUGACAGUGUGGCAGGACCGGUGGCCGUGGAUGAGGAGCAGAAGCUGCUGCAUCAGCUGCAGGAGAUCACUCGCGUCAUGCAGGAGGGGCGCUUCGUGGACGCCAUCCCAGCAAACACCCACCACUGCGAUCUUGCUGAGAAAGAGCCGAAUGAGCAUUUCUGUUGUGUUCAUUCUCCUCCCGUGAGCACAAACGCUCAGAUGAGAGAGAGCCAUGAUCCUGAGACGAACCGUCCUGACCAGGAGUCCACCAGCGACCAGAGGACAGAUGCCAACACAGAGAUGGAGGACUCCACCAGCCAGUCACAGCCAGGGACAGACACUCAAACAGGAAGUGACAUCACACCCAGCCCAGUGUCAGAACACAGCACCAUCAGGCGGAGAAACAAACAAUGAACCAUCUAAAUAAUAAGAUUGGUUUGCUGCACGGACACCUUCACGUUAUAUUGAGCGCUCGCUGUCUCUCUCUGGAUGUGUUUGUGAGACACAUCACACGCGAGCUCAGUGGAUGCCCUUCACAGCGCUCUGUUGAACAGGAACCUCAGCCUGUGUUCAUGUCAACAAUAUGCAGAGUUCAGGGCGUUUCUACUGAACACCUCUGAUCGUCCUGUAAACGGCAGAACUUGCACUUGAAUGAGAACUAUUAAAAGUUUUGUUCAAAUUUCUUGGACCUCAAAUAUAGAGUAUAUAAUAUUAGAGGUCCAAGAAAUGUGUACAAAAAUGAACAUUUUUCUCAUUCAAAUGCAAGUUCUGCAAAUUCAAAUUUUUUGGAUCUUAAAUAUUAUAUACUCUAUAUUUACAUAAAAUUCAUCAUCUAAAGAAAACAACUUGCAAUGUACAACAAACUAAUUUAACAGGUCUGCAGUAAAGGUUUUUAUUAUUUUUCAUAGUUAGUUUUCACAUUAUUACUGAAAGCUCUGUAAUUCCAUUUAGUUUUGCGUCUGUGCUUCUCAUUUCAUCGCUUGUGUAGUAAACAUUGUGAUUGAUGCUUUUAUUUUUUAUGAUUUAUUUAUAUUCUCUUUUCAUGCUUGCAUGUUUAUCAUUGACUGCUGUAUUUUGUGUUAAUAAAACACCACAAACACA